UGCAUGCGAGAUCGUGAGUUCUGCCGAAUGACUCAGCUCGUUUCUUUCCGUUCUCGGAAUCGUGGCUAAUUCAACAGCAAGCCACCGCAAAACGCAAUAGCCUUCCGAUCUUAGCAAUUCAUGCCAACAUAUUCACGAUGGAUGUCUCGAUCAUGCUAUUAGUCGCAGUUGCGGUGCUAGGAUUGUACUAUUAUUUCACCAAAGAAGAGGACCCCUUCCAGAAACACGGUCUACCCUUCAAAAAGCCGGUCGCGCCAGUGCUGGGCAGCACCUGGUCCUCCACGUUAUUCCGGAAAUCGCUCGCCGAAAUGGUGCAAGAGAUCUACAACAUGGACCCGGACGCGAAAUACGUGGGCUUGCAUCACCGGAUGACGCCAGUGAUCAUGGUACGCGAUCCGGAGCUGAUAAAGAGCAUCGCGGUCAAGCACUUCGACCACUUUCCGGAUCAUCGUACCUUCAGGGUCACGGACAUCGACCCGUUCUUCUCUAAGAAUCUGUUGCUGCUUCAAGGAGAAACAUGGAAGGAGGUUCGAGGACUGAUGAGCCCAGCGUUCACGUCCAGCAAAAUGAAAACCAUGUUCAGGCUGAUGUCCGAUUGCGCUGUGAACGUUGCGCAUUAUCUGACCGCGUUGCCGGACGAAGAAAGGCUGAUAGAAGCGAAGGACGUCUUCACCAGGUUCGCCAACGACGUUUUCGCAAGCUGCGCCUUUGGGAUCAGCAUAGACUCGAUGGUGGACAGAGACAAUCAGUUCUACCUUCUAGGUAAAGAGGCUUUGGACCUUCACGGCGGCAAUUUCAUCAAGUUGUUCACGAUGUUCUUCUUCCACAAGCUAGCGAAAGUGCUCGGUUUGAAAGUAAUUCGACAAGAGGUCGCGGACUUCUUCGAGGCGACAGUGGCGGACAACAUCGCGACCAGAGAGAGAACUGGCAUCAGUCGGCCGGAUUUCAUCCAACUGAUGAUGGAGAACAGAGACAAGCUGGGCCCAGGGAAGCGGCUGACCAAUCUGGACAUAGCUGGCGAAGCUUUCAGCUUCUACUUUGGCGGCUUCGAGACAACGGCAAGCCUACUGAGCUUCGCUGCUCACGAGCUAGCAGUGAACCCGGCGAUUCAAAAGAGGCUGCAAGAGGAAAUCGAUCAGGUUUUGAAGGAUUCGAACGGCGACGUGUCUUACGAGGCUAUCAACGGGAUGAAGUAUCUCGAUGCGGUGAUCAACGAGGCUAUGAGAUUAUAUCCAGUUAUUCCCAUCACUGACAGAGAGUGCAGGAAACCGUUCGAACUGCCACCUGCCUUGCCAGGGUUAAAGCCUUUCAGGCUGAAAGAAGGUUGCCACGUCUGGUUGCCGAUUUAUGCGAUCCAACGCGAUCCGAAGUAUUUCGAUCAGCCUGAAAAGUUCGACCCCACCCGGUUCUUGUAUAGAGAAUCGAAUUUGACGAACUCUGGAGUCUAUUUGCCCUUCGGGAUGGGGCCGAGGAUAUGCAUCGGGUACCGGUUCGCGAUUCUGCAGAGCAGGGUUGCGCUGUUCCACAUUCUUGGCCGAUGCGAGCUGAAGGUUUCCUCGAAAACACAGAUACCCAUGAAGUUCGGGCGAGGGGGGGCGUUCCUGAAGGCCGAAAAUGGAUAUUGGUUGGAGGUUCUGCCGAGAAAUAAUCCACUUGUGUCUCCAAUUAAUUGAGGGAAGUUGGAUUGGAACGCUGCCGUUGCUGCUGUCCUUGCAAACAAAGCGAACAGUCGGAAACGAAGGUCCGCGAACCAUUGUUUAACAUGCGGAAACUGUUUGCUGUUGGGUACUUAUGGGAUAUUGAACUUUCGUUACUUUCGAUUCAUUUGAUCUUGUUUCGCUGCUUUGUGAAUUCGUAAACGUGAUCCUGUAAAUGUGAUCUUAGGAAAGCGUUUUGUUAGAAGCAACGUAGUGGUUAGUGAACAAACGAACUCUUUCCUACGAAUACGAGUGGACCCAUCUGCGUCAAUUUUAUGCACUUGUGUGAUUAUUUAUGGGGACACUGGUCGUGAAACGUCAUUCUACAAGCAGCGAUAGCACACAAAUUUAGACGAAGCAAUACUUCAAAAAUUGUUUACGAAUGUUAUUAAAUCAUGUUCUCCUUGUAUCUAGACAAAGCAUAUUUUCGUGGUAAAAAUGAAACUAACGCAAUAAUGUGUCACAACGACGAGUGUAAAAAUAAAUAAAAGGAAACAUUAUGUACGUAAAUAAGUUUGUUUGCAGAUAAGUUCAGAUUCAUUUUUUAAUGUCGUAUGCUACGAUUUCUUAGCGUUUUAGUCAUCGGGGCAUCGAAUCUCUUUGGUGACACGAAAGUCGUUACUCAACAAAGAUCUGCCGGAUAGUCGAAGUUGUUAGGUCACCCUGUAGAUUAUGAGAAAACCCAUUAUUAUCAUAACUGUCACAACUUUGUGCGAUAGCAUAUUGGUUUUUCUAUGCCUUUGAAAUAUAGACGCCAAUCUUCGUGGCCGAGACAGUAUUUUAAAACUUCUAUCAUUAAUUCACAAUCGAUUAUUGUGCUCCUGGAAUACGGAUUUGUUUCAAUGUAAUAUCAUAAAUAUCGAUUUCAAUACUUGAACGGAAGAUCGGACAAUUUAAUGAAACUGUUUAAUCUUAUUUCGAACGUAUGAACGCUCAGUUUUUGUUAACAAUCAAUGCUAGAAAAAUAGAAAAUGUAAUUUUGGUAUUCAAAA